AGCGCAGUGUCCUACAUUGAAGGAAGCCGCACAGGCCCGCCAUUUCACUGAACGCUUUUCUGCUCCUUGGAACACGCCUGCAGGGUGGCGGAAAAAAAGGGAGGAGGGGAAGAAGACAGUCGGAUUUGGGGCAAGAAAGGAAUGGGAGAUGAGGCAAAGGAUCCGUGCCACGUUUUUUUUUGUUUGUUUCACUCGGGUUUUUAACGAUGUAACGCUGUAGAAGAGGGAGCAGAUAGCGAUCUCGCCUCGGUUCCGGAUUUGUUCGGUCUCGGUUGCUGUUUCUCUUUGUAUCCCUAAUCAAAGACUGCGAACACACAGGACGAGCUGUACGUGUUGUUGUUUUUGUUGUUGGUGUUUUUUUUUUUUUUUUUAAGAAAAUCCGACAUAUUUUCUUUUCUUUCUUCACCCGCCUGGGCGCGCUGAAGAUGUCGGGCCAGAGCAUAACGGACAGGAUAACGGCCGCUCAGCACAGCGUUACCGGCUCGGCCGUGUCCAAAACCGUCUGCAAGGCGACCACACAUGAAAUCAUGGGCCCUAAAAAGAAACAUUUGGAUUAUCUCAUCCACUGUACUAACGAGAUGAACGUGAACAUUCCUCAGCUGGCUGACUCGUUGUUUGAGAGGACCACCAACACCAGCUGGGUGGUCGUCUUCAAAUCCCUCAUCACAACACACCACCUCAUGGUCUACGGCAACGAGCGUUUUGUUCAGUAUCUGGCCUCCAGGAAUACCUUAUUCAACCUCAGUAACUUUUUGGACAAAAGUGGACUACAAGGUUAUGACAUGUCGACUUUUAUUCGGCGGUACAGCCGAUAUCUGAACGAGAAAGCAGUGUCUUAUCGACAGGUGGCGUUUGAUUUUACAAAAGUUAAGCGUGGGGUCGAUGGAGUGAUGAGAACCAUGAAUACGGAAAAGCUCCUUAAAAAUCCUAUCAUCCAAAACCAGAUGGAUGCCCUGUUGGACUUCAACGUCAAUGCCAAUGAGCUCACCAACGGGGUUAUUAAUGCAGCCUUCAUGCUCCUCUUCAAAGACUCAAUCAGGCUUUUUGCAGCUUACAACGAGGGGAUAAUCAACCUGCUGGAAAAGUAUUUCGACAUGAAGAAGGUUCAGUGCAAAGAAGGACUGGACAUUUACAAGAAAUUUCUUACCAGAAUGACACGCAUCUCUGAGUUCCUCAAGGUGGCAGAGCAGGUGGGGAUAGACCGAGGGGACAUUCCUGAUCUCUCUCAGGCUCCCAGCAGUCUUCUGGAUGCUUUAGAGCAGCACCUGGCCUCUUUGGAGGGCAAAAAGGUCAAGGAUUCCACUGCGGCCAGCAGGGCAAGCACGCUUUCUAAUGCUGUUUCAUCAUUGGCAAACACUGGCAUGUCUUUUACCAAAGUGGAUGAGAGAGAAAAGCAGGCAGCCCUGGAGGAAGAGCAGGCCCGUCUGAAAGCACUGAAGUGGACCCCCUGCAGUACCGCCGUGGACCCCCUAGGGGUGGCAGACACCCAGGAACAGCGGUUGAAAGAGCUCUCUAAAAGGCCCUCAUUUGCCACCACAGACACAUCUCCGGUGUCCACCACAGCAGCCAGCAUCAGCACAGCUCCUGCUAUUGACCUGUUCUCCACUCCAAGCUGCUCUAAUGGUUCCUUGAAGAGGGAGAGUGACCUUUUUGACUUCCAUCCAUCCAUGCAACCAGGACCCUCACCCACACCAUGGGGAGAUCCUUUUUCUACUUCUGAAGCUGUCGAAGGCUCCAUCCCAACCCUUAACCCUUUUCUAACCAAACAUGUCGAUCCUGCUCAUCCACCUGCUGUGUCGUCCGAUGGUGUUAGUUUUCCUUCUAGGACAUCAGGUCAUGAGCUAUUCAGUGAUUCUUUUGGUCAAGCAUCUAUGAUCCAGCAUCUUACAAACCCCUCUCCCUUCCCGCCUGAGCCUUCCACUGUAGCAGGUCUUUUCCGAGGAUACGGUCCUCCACAGGUUCCUCCUCCACAGAAUACAGGGGAGCUAAAUGUUGACUUUGAGUCUGUUUUUGGAAACAAAGCUGCCUCCUCUACUAACUUAGACACCAAUGGGGGGAUUUUGAAGCCCACAAUGGCCAGCUCUAAUCAGCCUUCCUCUCAGAACCAAGAAAAGCUCAUGUCAAACGAUCUAGACUCCUCCUUAGCAAAUCUAGUUGGAAACUUGGGAAUUGGAAAUGGCACAACUAAAAACGAUAUCCACUGGAGCCAGCCAGGAGAGAAGAAACUGACAGGUGGAAUGAACUGGCAGCCCAAAGCAGCCCCUUCCACUACAUGGAACCCUGUCUCAAUGCCUCCAUCAGUUAUGGCCUUCCCUGCAACAACCCCAACAGGCAUGAUGGGAUAUGGCCUGCCCCCACAGUUGCCCUCAAUGUCCAUGAUGACACAACCCACAAUGAUGUACACACAGCCUGUCAUGAGGCCAUCCAACCCAUUUGGAUCUGUAUCCAGUGCACAGCCCUCUGCUGCCUCUAGUCCCUCCAGUCAGAGCCCUCUUCGAGCUCCAGGACAAGACCCCUUUGCACAGCUCUCUCUCAAGGAUUUCUUGUAGAACCUCAUCUCUUGUCUAGAUGCAGUUUAUGUAACACAAGCUGAAUUCACUCCCUGAAGUCAAAGCAUUGUCCAGCGCAGCUCUGUGGUCUGUGCUGUCCUGCUCUUCAGAGGAACCAAACAUGUCUAAAAUGUCAACGGUCCAGGAACAGAAGGUGUGAUGAGACCGGGAGCUUAUUAGAAUCAUUUUGUAAUUUUGUCUGCGAUAUGAAGUGAUGCUGCUGUUCUACCCUGACCGGGGUUUCCUCAUGCAUUUUAUAAUCUGUAAGGAUAGAUAAAUGGGACUGAGAAAGGUUAUCAUUGUAUAAAAAAAAAUAUCUAUGUUAAUGUUCCCUGUUGCUGUUAUUUUUCUUUCUUUUUGUUUCUUUUUUUUUUUUGGUUUUUAAAAGGGGAGAAAGGCAGGAAUCUCCCUAAAUCUAAGACUCUUACAUUAAAUAGGAUAAAGUGAUGCUAUUUUACCACUUUGUUUAGUUUUGUCUUUUUAAUUAUGUUCACAAAUAGACCUCACUUGUGUGUUUGUA